CGUAGUUAUGACGCAUUACAAUACCCAAUAUUGCAUUGGAAAGGUGACGAUGGCUAUAAUAUAAAUAUACCAAUGAUUGAUCCACGAACAGGUCUACAUGUACAAAAAAAGUUAGUGCCAUGAAUUUUUAUCGAUUGAUGGUUCGUCCACAAGAACAAAACUAUAUCUUGAGAUGUCGUAAACUAUAUCAUCAGUACAUCGUUGAUAUGUACGUCAAAAUAGAAACAGAACGUCUUAAUUUUAUUCGUUUCAACCAAGCAAAAUUAAGGUCUGAACAAUAUAUUCAUUUGCAAGAUGCGAUAGCGAAUGAUGCUAAUAUUAAUGACAUCGGACGUUUAACUAUAUUGCCAUCUUCGUAUAUUGGUAGCCCACGGAAUAUGAACGAAUAUGCACAAGACGCAAUGUGUUAUGUAAGAAAAUACGGUCGACCGGAUCUGUUCAUUAAAUUUACAUGUAAUCCGCAGUGGGAUGACAUCAAAAACAAUUUAUUUGCAGGACAGUCGACAACCGAUCGUCAUGACAUUACUGCGCGUGUUUUUCGGCAAAAAUGUAAAGCAAUUACGGAUUUAAUUGCGAUAUUAUAUGUAUUUGGGGAGGUGCGUUGCCAUAUGUACUCCAUUGAUUGGCAGAAAAGGGGAUUGGCGCACGCACAUAUACUAAUUUGGCUGGUACAUAAAGUAACUCCGGAUCAAAUCGAUAACCUUAUAUCAGCUGAAAUUCCUAAUCACACUGCUGAUCCUGAGUUAUUUCAAGUUGUCGUUAAAAACAUGAUACAUGGACCGUGCGGUGAACUAAAUAUGAAUUCACCAUGUAUGAUUGAUGAAAAGUGUUCGAAACGAUACCCAAGGCAAUUUACUUCAGGCACAAUAACGGGCAAUGACGGAUAUCCGUUGUAUCGACGUAGAUCACCUAAUGAUAAUGGCAAAACGGCAACCAUUAGAAUGCAUAACCAGGAAGUUGAAGUUGAUAAUCGUUGGGUGGUUCCGUAUUGUCCAUUAUUAUCGAAAAUAUUCAACGCUCAUAUAAAUGUGGAAUAUUGUAAUUCUGUCAAAUCCAUUAAAGAUAUUUGCUAG